GAAGGCAUGCACUAGAUUGAGUGGGUUUGCUGUCUGUACAUCGGCGCCCUCCGAUCUGGGGUGCGCGCCCCAGCUUGGGACACGUGGCGCUCAUUCUAGGACUUCAGCUGGAGGCACCUUAAGGCCCCCUCCUCGCAUUGCAAACUGGCCCCAGAGAUACUAAGUCACUUGCUAAUGGUGCCCCAGCCAGUUAAGGACUCGGAUCUGCAUUUUUCAUUCGAGAAAACUGAAACCCAGAAGAUUAAGAUCGUUGAAUGCUACCUAGCAGGAGAACUUCGGUUUAUAACUACAGCUUGGGAAUUGGCUGCAGCGUUUCUCGAUUCUCUGGGCAAGAAAAAUAGUCCCAGAAGCAUCCUGAGCACAGCUCAGAGAGGGUCCUAGCAAACUGAGUACCUUUCUUGCUUCUUGAAUCCCUUCAGGAAAAAGUGUUUGGAAAGUUCUGAGCCAAGAAGUUCCUCCCUGUGUCCUUGAUAUUUAGCAGCCACCUAGCGUGGAGACAGAAUCUGUGCUUCUGGGAGAAGAAGAGUGCAGUGAUUAUCAGACUUUGCAUUGGAACUCAAGUGCUGCCCCAGUCAUAGCACAAAUCGACACUAGGAAGAACUCACCCAGGGCCCACGGAGGGAUCAUUCAGACCAGCCUAGCUGGAAGCCAAUCAUCCAUCUCAGCAGUGGGAACCUGAGUUCCAGUUUACCUUCCAGAGGCUGGCAAUGCUCUUUCACUGGAGGACACAGCCAAGAAGGAAGUCCACCAGCCUACCAAGAUGAAAUGCCUUGAAGGGCCAGGUAAGAUCUGUGGCCCUUUGGCUCCUGAGGAGGAGCUGGUGUCUGCCUGCCAGUUGGAAAAAGAAAAAGAGAAUGAAGGGGAGGAAGAGGAGGAGGAGGAGGAAGAUCUGGACCCAGACCUGGAAGAAGAAGAGGAGGAAGAGAAUGAUCUUGGGGAUCCAACUAUACUUGGUGCUGUCCAUAAUACCCAGAGAGCUCUGCUCAGCUCACCUGGAUUCAAGGCCCCUGGUGUGCUGGGAAUGUCACUUGCCUCCUUGCAUUUUCUGUGGCAGACCUUGGACUACCUGUCGCCCAUCCCUUUCUGGCCUACAUUUCCCAGCACCAGCUCUCCAGCACGGCACUUUGGACCUCGGCUGCCCUCACCAGACCCAACUCUUUUCUGCAGCCUGCUGACCUCGUGGCCCCCUAGGUUCAGUCAUCUGACCCAGCUCCACCCUCAGCACCAACGGAUCUUGCAGCAGCAGCAACAGCGUAGUCAAACACCAAGUCCCCCAGCCAAGAAGCCUUGGUCUCAGCAGCCAGACCCCUAUGCUAACCUCAUGACCAGAAAAGAGAAGGACUGGGUGAUAAAAGUGCAGAUGGUGCAACUGCGGAGUAUAAACCCCCCCCUGGAUGAUUACUACUACCAGGAAUAUUACCAGAAGCUAGAGAAGCAGCAGGCAGAUGAAGAGCUACUUGGACGAAGGAACCAGGUUGAGUCUCUCAAGCUGGUAACACCUUACAUUCAGAAGGCAGAGGCUUAUGAGUCCGUAGUCCGAAUCGAGGGUUCCCUGGGCCAGGUAGCUGUGUCGACAUGCUUCAGCCCUCGCCGAGCUAUUGAUGCUGUACCCCAUGGAACUCAAGAGCAGGAUAUAGAAGCUGCAAGCAGUCAGAGGCUUCGGGUGUUACACCGGAUUGAGAAGAUGUUCCUUCAGUUACUAGAAAUAGAGGAGGGCUGGAAGUAUAGGCCUCCACAGCCCUGCUUUUCUGAGCAGCAAAGCAACCAGGUUGAGAAGCUCUUCCAGACCUUAAAGACCCAGGAGCAGAACAACCUGGAGGAGGCAGCAGAUGGCUUCCUGCAGGUGCUCUCUGUGAGGAAGGGGAAGGCCCUGGUGGCCCGGCUGCUCCCCUUCCUGGCCCAGGAUCAGGCUGUUACCAUUCUUUUGGCUAUCACCCACCAUCUGCCCCUCCUGGUCCGGAGGGAUGUGGCUGAUCAGGCCCUACAAAUGUUAUUCAAACCUCUGGGCAAAUGUAUCAGUCACUUGACCCUCCAUGAACUCCUCCAAGGACUUCAGGGAUUAAUGCUGUUGCCAUCUGGCUCCUCAGAGCGGCCAGUCACCGUGGUGCUUCAGAAUCAGUUUGGAAUAUCUUUGCUCUAUGCCCUACUGAGUCAUGGGGAGCAGCUGGUAUCGCUGGAUUCUUCCCUAGAGGAACCCAACAGUGACCGUACAGCUUGGACAGACAUGGUGGUUCUGAUUGCCUGGGAAAUAGCCCAAAUGCCUACAGCCUCUCUGGCAGAACCCCUAGCUUUCCCCAGCAACCUACUUCCCCUGUUCUGUCACCAUGUGGACAAACAAUUGGUUCAGCAGCUGGAGGCCAGGAUGGAGUUUGCCUGGAUCUACUGAUCUGUUUGUUCUGGAAUACAUGUAUGUGGGAAGUUGAAUCAUCGGACACUAGCUUAUAGACUGUGUUUACAGGGAUCCAGAGAGUCUGAAGACAUUUCUUAAGCCUUUAUAUAUUGGAGAACCCUUCCCCAAACAUUUUCAUAUCCUUUCUUCAAAAAUCUAAAUGAUGUGCCUAAAAAUAAGACAUGGCAUAAUAAGGUAUAAUUAAAGAGAUAAUAGAAUGA